AUGAGUGCCAAAAGUGAACCAUUAGGAGCCGGAGAACGAGUCUAUUUGCACAUUUACGACUACGAAACUAAGAGUGGCUAUCUCCUCCUCGGCUACCAUUCUAAGCCGACCCUUUUCCAAGUGAAUACCGUUGUAGCUGAGGCCGGCAUAUACUUCCCCGACAUCACCAUUUGUAACUACAAUCCUGUUUAUUUAUCCAGGCUGGAAAGAUACAAUAUGUCUUCAAAGGUCUUCUCCUACUUACUUACCUCAUACGAUGACCAUUUUGAUGAUGACGGGAACUCUGAGGGCCAUGCUUUAUUUGAACGAUAUCUAACAGAUUCUCUAGCAACUAAUUUUUCAAUUGCGGAUUUCUUCGAGAAAAUCAGACCAACAUGCGAAGAUAUGAUUCUUUCCUGCUCUUUUGCCGGGGAGAUUAUUGAGAACUGCUGUUCCUUCAGCAACGUUGUCCCGACUGACCUCGGAUACUGUGUAAGAUUCCAGAACUCCAAAUUAAAUAAAACGCAAUAUCUAAGUGGAAGUAGCUAUGGAUGGCAGUUUAUACUUGACGGAAAUAACGCAGAGCAUUCAGAUGGCUACCUGACUUCUGAAAUGGGAUUUCGAGUGCUGGUACAUGAAAUUGGAAAAGAGCAUACUUUAAAAGCCCAUGGUUUGUCGGUACCGCCAGGAGUUACGCUGCACGCAGGAAUAUCUGUCAAAAACAUUUCGCUUCUGCAGAGAAAGGAAUGGGGAUAUUGUCAAAGCGACUGGGAUGCAGAAAUCCAUGGAAUUCCUCUAUCGGGUCACGCGUACACUGCAACACAUUGUGAAUGGAACUGUUUGGCUCGUGAAUGGCUCUCAACUUGUGGAUGUCUACCAAUGAAACUUUUCAAUUUGAACGUUACGAGUGAUUCUACAUAUACAUCUAUAUGCACCCCAUUGGAUCUUCGUACAUGUGCUGACACAGUUUACGCUAAUUCAACAAGUUAUAAUUGUGAUGUCGAAUGCCAGAUAAUAGAAUACGAAAUGCGCAUGAGCUACUCGGAUAUUAUUACCAGCUCAAUUUCACGGAGAUUCGCUCUCUCGGAUGAACAUGUGCGAAAUAACAUAUCUGUGGUGAACCUAUUCUUGCAAAGUAUGACCUACGAACGUCACGAGCAGCAGAAACAAUUACAGACAGCCGAUCUACUCUCGAAUAUUGCUGGAAGUAUGGGACUGUUCUUAGGCAUGAGUACGGUCACACUUUUGGAAAUCUUCAUCUAUCUAUUCAAAUCUGUUUGGGGUACCGUAAAUACCGAGCGCCAAAAGCAGUUCAUGGAAGCAAUGUUGGAAGAGGAGAACGAAAGGCGACAGAGUCUGGUGAUAGUGGAAGAACAGCCACCGGAGCAGCACACAACAAAUAAGGAAGAACACGCAGAAGACACAGGAGGUACUCCUAAAAGACCCUCAAAGAGGGUAUCGCUAGCACCACUUCAUAUUCACAUGGAUAGGAGAAGAAGCAGUUCAGCACUACCUCUCAUCGACCACAACGGUCGCACUCAUCUUGCAGCUUCUCGUCAUAACAUCCUUUCUCCAAGAAAAUCGCUAGUAUCUAAUCGACGUGCCUCGACCAUGGAAACAACCAUAGGCAGUCUUCUUCCAAGCUUCCAUCAUCCGAGAAAGUCUAUUGCGGCGGGUGCGUUGUAUAGGAGAGGAUCCGUAAUAGAAGGAGCCGGAGACAUACUUCCAACGAGACGAGGCAGUAUUGCUGUAGCACCACAUUCCCAUAGAAGACCCUCAACAGUACUGUUGGCAGGACCUUCUGGGCAACUAUUGAAUAUACAGCAAAGCGAUGAUGCAAUCCAUCUAGCAUUGAAUAACCGACGGCGAUCCUCUGUUCAUCCAAAGCAUUUUCUACUCUAG